CGCUGUGUAGUAUUUGUUUAGACGUUAAAGUGUACAGAGCGCAAUAAGCUUUGCGGAUCAACAGGUGGUGUUAGUUCAUUAAAUCCUCCAGCACCGGCCAUAUUAUUUCAAAUUAGUAAUUAGUUUGUGUUCGCGCAAAAGAUUUUGCCCUACGUGCAUUUUUGAAGCCAACAUUAAGCCCACAAUCGGCGCAAAGUCAAUUAAAAACGCACUGCCGGAAGUUACUUACAAAAUAGCAAUUCGCGUCCAAAAAUUGAAGUACAGAGAAAAGCAGGAAAAAUGCCGCAAAAAUUUGAAUACUCACUGGGCGUGCACGAGCUGAAGUCGAAAGAACAUCGCCUUUGGCAGGCACUCGUCGCGGAAUUUCUAGGCAACUUCCUAUUGAAUUUCUUUGCAUGCGGCGCAUGUACACAGCCAGAGGAUGGCACAUUUAAGGCGUUGGCUUUUGGUUUGGCUGUAUUCAUAGCGAUCACGGUUAUCGGCAACAUUAGCGGUGGUCACGUAAAUCCCGCCGUCACAAUUGGUUUAUUGGUGGCGGGACGUGUGUCUGUUUUGCGCGCCGUAUUUUACAUAAUAUUCCAAUGUUUGGGUUCCAUUGCCGGCACAGCCGCCAUUCGUACACUCAUCGAUGAGCUUUACUACAAUGGCUUAGGUCACACACAUCUUGCGCCCAACAUUACCGAACUGCAGGGUCUCGGUAUAGAAUUCUUUUUGGGUCUAGUCUUGGUGCUAACUGUUUUUGGCGCUUGUGAUGCAAAUAAACCAGACUCCCGUUUCACCGCGCCACUCGCUAUUGGCCUGUCAGUCACACUUGGCCACUUGGGCACAAUUCGUUACACUGGCGCCAGCAUGAAUCCGGCACGCACACUGGGCACUGCUUUCGCUGUCGAUAAUUGGGAUGCACACUGGGUAUUCUGGGCUGGUCCCAUUUUGGGUGGCAUCGCGGCGGCGCUCAUCUACACACAAGUGCUGGAGAAGCCGCUCGUACACACCUCCGUUAAGGUGAUUGAGGUGUCCGAGAAAUAUCGGACACACGCCGAUGAGCGCGAGGUGAGCUUUGUUAAAGCCUGGAAAAACUCAGAUUUCUACUAAACAGAAAAACCAAAAAAACAAAACGAAAAACAAAAAACAGAAAUCAAAAAACAAAAA